AUGCAUGCAUUGGGACUGGCGGCAGUUGUCCUACCGGCGUCAGGAGACUUGCGCUUUCCUGACUAUGUAUCUGACUUCGCAGAAUCGGAAGGAUGUCUUCCGAGCAUCUCAGAAGAGACCGAGCCGAUUUACAUGUCGACGGAGCUGGAAUCCGUCUUGAAAGAAGCCGCAAAUGGUUCUGGUAUCGUCGUGUUUAGCGUGUUUGUGAAGACUGGAGACAGGCAGGAGGAGUCCGCCUUUGCGGCACAGCUGAAGCAUUGGAUGUGCCGUGCGAGGUCGGUCUUUGGCCGGGGCUUCUUGGUUUUCGUGGAUUCGGAGAGAUCUAGACAACGCUGGCAAGGCGAAUAUGGUGUAACGCCGUUCUUCUCCCAGUCGUGGAUCGAGGCGUCCUUCGCAGGUCCUGCUCGGGAAGAGAUCCACGACUCCAAUUAUUGGCGUUGGGCCGCGAUGGAGUCUAUACUUCGUGCCGGAUACAUGGCUCUCUAUGUUGACACUGACAUACUGUGGCUGGAGGAUCCGCGACCACUUCUCGUGUCACUUCCUGGCGAUGUCGAUUUCUUUGGCUCCUGCGAUGCAUAUAACGGCAGCAGUGGCAGCAUCAGGUGGGUCAAGGAUGGAUCUUUGGACAUCGAGUACUUGCGUGAGGAGUCCCGCAAACACGAUGACGAGUCCGUUUGUUGUCAACAAGGGCUAGUGCCGGUCAACGCUGGAGUCAUCUUUAUGAGGUCGAGUGCCGGUGCUGUCAGUGCCGUCGAGCGCUUCCGCAAACGCAUCAUUUCAGGGCCCUGCUGGGGCCAGGCAGCAAUGCAUUGGGGGCUUUACGAAAUGUGUGGCUCCCAACUUUCGUGUGAGAUCCUCGAUCCGUUGGUCUUUGCAUCUGCAGAGCCACUUCGUACAGCUUUGCGGAGAGACAACCGUACGGCUCUUCGCCGACCUUCCCUGAUACACCUGGACAUUUCAGGCAAGCAGAAGGCCACGAAGCACUUCGAAAGAUUCUUCGGAACACCGCAGGAAUGUCGUACGGAUGGCCACGGAAGUAACAGUGAGUUGUGA